CGCCGCUGUCGUCGUCAUCCCUGUACGGCAGCCCUUCACGCCGUACAUCUAGCACCGAAGGAGGCAGCUCCUUACCGAUGCUGGCACCCUCUGGCGGCCCCCCGGGUCCCUCGGCGGCCCAUGCCGCUACCACUGCUGUGUUUCCAGCCACCGCCGCCGCCGCUGCAUCCCUUGGCCCCUCCAGUUCCGGCACCGCAUGCUCUCCCUCGGCGUUGAUACCCCCGGGAGCAACCGCACAGGCAGCGACCGCACCAACGGACGGGGGCUCGCACCCUUUGCAGCAGCAGCAGCGGCGUGCUCGCUUUACCACAGACCUGCAGACCAUCGUAUCUGGGACGCACCCACACAUCUACGACUCCGAAGUCGGUCCCCCGCUUGACCCACCGCCGCACCCCCUGCCUCCGCACCCUCCCUCACAUGCUCACUGCCAGCAGCACCAGCAGCAGCACGCAGCACCGGAGCAACCGGUGCAAUCUCAUUCGCAGCGCGUGAAGCAGCACGAGGGCACACCGAUACCCGCCGCCACGCCCAAUCGUCACCACCCGCACGACUGCGCAUCCGCACAGCACAGCCCCUCAGCAGGGAAGCUGCCGCUGCUGCUGCCCCCGCCGCCGCUGCUGUUUCUCGGAGGGAACCACCCUUCCUGGGUUGCACACGUGGAACAUCGCGAGGACCGCUGGUGCCCCUCAUCUCCCGCCGGCAUCCCUCCCAGACACCCACUGCUACCCGCACACCCGGGCUACCAGGGCUACCACUACCAUAACGCCCUGUACGAAGCAGAAGCUGACAGCAGACAGCCCACCACAGGACCCGCCUCUCAAGGCAUUCGCAGCCCCGCCACUGGCGCCGCGUUCAUCCCCACCACGGGUGUUGCAUCCCCCAUACCCUGCCCCAUGCGCUCGGUAACCCAUACCAACAGCGGCAGCGGGAUCUGCAUUGGCAGCCUGCCCAGCGGCGCCGGAUGUGUACUCGCCGGCAGCAGCUACGGCAGCAGCGCAACAGCCCUCAUCAUGAAGCUAGCGGGGACAACCACUGCAGGGUCUCCAGUCGACUCGCCGUACGGCAGUACGGCAUGCAGCCGUACGGCCUCCCCACGUGUGCUUGUAUCCGGCGGCAGCGGCUGCUGCACCCCGGCGGGUCCGCCCAGGCGCAGCCUGCUGCGGAGCGUUUCUGCCGCUGCGGCUGUUGAGAGAGGCAGCGGCCGCCUGGUGUACGGCAGUACGGCAGUGGCGGCGGAAGGCGGGAGGUUGGCACAAGACGCGGCAGGCGUAGGCCCCGUGCUGCUAUCGCGGCAUUCCUCGGCUCGCGCGAGGUUGAAUGCGGCGGGCGAUGGGUGCGGGUCCCCAGUGUCGGCGCGCGGAGAUGGGGAACGCGUCAUGAAGGGUUUCGGUGUACGAUCGACUGUUGCUCAGCUGCUGCUGUACGACAGAGCUGGCGGUGACGUUGUAGGUAGCGGCAGCAACGGCAGCUUUGGAGACAUCCUGGCCGCUCCAGAGACGCGCAUGCACUGCUCCCCAGUCAACUCCCCCAAGCACUCCCUGCCCGUACGGCAACAUCCCAGUGCAACAUCAUCAUCUGCAGUGGGCGCUGCAGGGCUGAGUGGGCUGUACGGCGGAGAUCCAAACACCUCCUGGACCUACUCCUCUGCAACAGCCGCGACGCAUGCGUUGACACAGUCCGGACAGCCUAGUCUGCUGCAGCACCCGGAGCAGUCGGGCGCGUUUGUGGGGUUGGCGGCGGUUAGGCCGUCAGACGCAUUUUCGGGGUUGGAGGCGGUUAGGCCGUCGGACGACAAGGUAUACGGACAUUCGUCAUUGCAUGCGCAUGCAUGCACUGCUGUACUUCCGGCAUCAUCGCAAGCGGCGGAGAGUCCUAAUGUGGCAACGCCGAGCACGGCAGCAGGGGUGCAGCGGACAUCCGCCUCCGGGUGCCCGGGAGGCAGCGCGGGCUGCAGCCCGGGUGUCAAGGAAGGAGCGGCGGCAGCUGUCACUGCCGCCGCCGCUGCAGCGACAGCAUUUGUUUGUACGGCAGCAGUUGCCGAGGCGGGAGACGCUGCCGCUGCUGCCGCCUGGGGAGCCGUCGCCGCCAUUGCCUUGGGCUCCCAAGAUAAUGACCCCGGCGUCGCCUCCAGCGCAGUUUCCCGCCACUCGGCCUCCCCUUGCAACUCCAAACAACUCCUGCGCCUGCAGCAGCAGCAGCAGCAGCAGAAGGAGCCGCGUAAGGGACAGCAGCAGCAGCAGCGGUGCCAGCAGGACGCGAAAGAGGGGGCCGAGGAUGAGGGGAGGCAGCAGUUGAGGUUGGAGCCAGCAGAGAGCGUGGAUCUAGAUCUCAAUCCGAAUGAGAUCCAGGUCUUCCGAGACGGCUUGUUGGGCCAGGGCGCAUUCGGAGCCGUGUACCGGGGAGUCUACCGGAGGGACACGGUGGCGGUGAAACUGCUCAACGGUACGGUGGUUGAUGGCCGGGCGCUGCAACGGGACAUGGCCUCAUUCCAUGCCGAGAUGUCCAUCCUCAGUCGUCUGCGGCACAGGAACAUCGUACGGCUGUACGGCGGCUGCAUGCGUCCGCCACACAUCUUCCUUGUCAUGCAGCUCAUGCGUCAGAGCCUGGACUCCCUCAUACACCACUCCCCGCGGCGCCUUACACUGCUGCGGGCUCUGGAGGUGGCGCGUGACGUGGCCGCCGGGCUGUCGUACCUUCACAACCUGCACCCCACUGUCGUACAUCGGGAUCUCAAACCGGCCAAUAUCCUCAUUGACGAUGCGGGUAUUGCCAAGAUUUCGGAUUUUGGAUUGGCGAGGUACAAGUUCCAGACGUAUCUGUCCACACGUACACCCGACCAGGGAAGCGUUGCGUACAUGGCACCAGAGUGCUUUAACACGGACAUCGGAGGCCUGGGACCCAAGACAGACGUGUAUAGCUUCGGUGUGCUACUGUGGGAGCUGUUGUCCGGAGAAUACCCCUGGCGCGGCGAGAGCAACGUACGCAUCAUAUACAUGGUCGCGAUCGACAACCAGCACCUGCCCCUGCCGCCCGACGACGGCUCGCCCUUCGACGCCGCCGCUCUCGUGGCCGCAGCCACCGGUCGCGCCUCCUCAUCUUCCGUUGAUGCAAGUGGCGGCGGCGGCCGCUGCCCUUCCGAGCUGCUGGUGGUGCCGCCGCCGCUGCGAGAGCUGCUGCGGCGCUGCUUCAGUCGUCAGCCCGGGGAGCGGCCGGACAUGCGGGAGGUGGUGCGAGUGAUGGAGG